AGAUCACGCAAUGUGGAAGCAGUGCAGUAGUGCCGUGCCUAUGCUGUAGCUUGGAUGCAACUUCCCAAAACACGUAUAAAACCCUUGCGCUAGGAAAGCAAAACCUCCCCACUCAUCCCUUCCCUGCAACAGCAAAUUGCCUGCAACAGCAAAUCGUUUCUCACUUCAGCAAAUUCUUCGCCUCUGCACUAUGAAGUUCUCCCUCGCCAUCUGCCUCCUUGCCUGUCUUGUGGCCGUAGUUGCGGCUGUUCCGGCGCAGCCUCGCCUUCCCAAGCUUGGAGAGGUUAGCCGCCAAUUUGACCCUGAAUGUCCGGGCAACUAUCCCCCUGGUCUAGAAUUCUGCUGUUAUCCGUGGGAGGAAAACAACCCUUUCUGCGAGUUCAACCGUUUGUAGCUCUUCUCUCGUCAUCUCGGAAGUUGCUGCUGUUCUCUUCCUUUCUUAGGUUGCUUUGAUAGGCAUCUGGUCACCCGACAUUACGCAGCGCACGAAUCAGAGAGAUCUCGUAAACGAAAUUAGAAUUUCCA